AUUCGUGCUAUGACCGGGUGCUAUCUACCCGGAGCGCCUUAAAACCGUUAAGUGCGCGACUGUUAAAGAUUUAUAUUGAAUGGGAAUAUUGAUUUUAGUUUAUACAUAGAGAAGCAUAAGUUAUUAUUGAAUCAAUGAUAUUUUAACGGAUUUGGUAUGAUGGGAGAAGGAUUAGACAAAAUAGGACAAGGAUAGUGUGUGUUAGUUGGUAAAAACUCGUGUAAAGACAAGGCGUUGCACACCCGUAAAUGUAGAGUUUAAACUUGAACUGUGUUAAUCCUGAAGCAUGUUCACAAGUUGAGCUUUCGUGACGACGGGAAUCCAGGAAGUGAAGAUAACAUACACGAGGAUAACUGAAUGUCGUCUGCACCAAUGUUGUGUAAUAUAAUGGUCUUAUGAGAGCAUGAAAUACCGAGAUUGAUUUUUUUUGUUUUUUUUAUUCGGAGUAAAAUGUAGUAGCAACACGUAAAGGGUUACUACUACGGCGUUAUUUGAGAACAAGUGAAGGUUUUAAAUGAUACCGUACCAAAAGGAGUUUUUCGGAAUAGCAAUUUAUUAGAAAACUUGUUAAUAAAUUAAUUGUGCCGCGAAAGAGGUAUAUAUUCAAUAAGGAUUAUGGCAACUGGAAUAUAUAUUAUAAAUGUUAAACAAACAACGAGACAGUAAGUCAAAACACAAGUUAAAAGCUCUCGUUCGUUGUUACGAAAUCGAGACAAAAACACAAACACGCACGAACGGACAACGCAAUGGACCACUCAGAAGACGGCAACCUGAUCCAUGUUUCCCGCCGAUUCUUUAAGCGUGCCCGCCUGAUACAUCUGGUGUUGUCGAUCCUGAUGCUGGGUGACGGAGUGGUGGCCCUUGUUCUCUCCUACGGCUCCAAAGGGGACGCACAGGUCCCCUACUUCUUUAGCGCGUAUAUCUGCUGGGCGUGGCAUCUUUCGUUCGUUAUCAUAAGUUCCGUGUGUAUCUAUUACCUGCAAGGGGACGGGGAGAGAAGCGUGGGAGUGAAUUCAUGGGUGACCGUGUUCUCCAUUAACUCCUCCGUGAUCGUUCUCUUUAACGUCAUGGGCGUCGUGUUCGCGGUCGUCAACGGCCUGUGUAUCAGCGGCCAGCAGUGUUACUACGACAGGAACGAGCAUGCCAACCGCUUCAUCGCCAUCGCCCUCGUUCUCCUCCACUGUCUCUCCAUCCUCGUCAACGUUCUGCUCGCAAAGAGGUCCCAUCUGAUUGGAUCCCAGUUUCAACACGACGUGUCCGUCAAGUUCAUUCACACGAUGGUGUGGUUACGACGGAAGCGCAGCCGUAAAGUAUCGAUGACGUCGCAGCUGCCAUCCCUUCCUGAGUCUUGCGUGGAUGCGUCGGAGAAUUCAACGUUUACGUCGCCGACGCAACGAGAGAAUACGCCGACGUUGACGGAAGUGCAGACGUCCAAACGUGGCAGUGUCAUGGCAACCAUUGAGAUUAUGGCAAUGAGAAAACAUAAAACUCAUCGGCGAACUAAAUCACAUCCGAAUAUGAUUAGAAAUAUUGAUCUCAAACCUGACGAUAUGGAAGGGACCGUUUAUUCAAUAUAUUCCGACUCUGAAAUGAAGAAAUCGGAGGAAUCGAAGAAGAAGAAAAUUGGAUUAUUUCGUAAAAGGAAGAAAAAUAAAGUCGACUCAGAAAGCUUAACAUCUAGUACAAAAGAUUCAGUAGCUUCAUUUACAGAAAGAUUAGCAAUUAAAACUCCGAUACCGGUACAGCUGGUUUUAUAUGCAGACGAUUCUUCUGACAGCAUUCUAGUUGAGAAACCGGUGGGUGGGGCGCAGGGUGGGGAAGCAAAUCGAGAUUUAAGUUUAGCCGAACAAAGAAAACUGCAAAGAAAGCAAGAGGAGGUGUUAGGAAUGCAAAAUAAACUAUUGGAGCAACAGAAAACAUUUAUGGCGACGGUAAAAUCAGACCCGGGUGCCCCACCCCCCUACCAGACAUUCGCAAAUUCGGCAGAAACUGACGACGAAAGUUCAGUUUAGCUGAAAUUGAAUUUAUUAUAUUUAAAACAAAUUCAGGGAAAACAGCUGCAUUAUGUCAAGUGUUCACCCCAUGACAUAUUUUUGUAACUUCCGCUCACUCGCUUCCAUGCAUUGAAAUAUCUCGGUUUCUUUCAACCAUCUGCACCGAUUAGCAGUUUCCAUGUUCACGAAAUAAGCAAACGUCGGCGCUUAUUGUGGAUCCAUUCCACAAAGGUGGGUCAGUGGUUGUGAACCAAGAGAUAAUUAUGCUCUUAGUUAUUAUGCCUUAAGAUCAAGGGACUUAUUUCUUAUUCGAAUUCUAUCAAAUCAGAGUCACAAAAUGUAUGGAGUGUGUAGUAUAUGUACAUUUCGGUACAGAUCUGUCUUAAACUUAGCCUUAAAAGGGCAUAUCGACGGUUGGAACGGUAUUUUAUUUUCAAAAAAUAUUUGUUUAUGAAUGCAUUCAAAAAGUUGUAAAACCCCUAAAUAAAAUAUUGAUUUCAUAAUAAAAAAGCUGCCGCGAUGACACUUAGCGGGAGAGGGAAAGUCGGCAGUAGUAGUAAAAUUGUUGCGAAUGAAUUGAGCCGCGUUCUGAGAAAACUGGGCAUAAUGCAUGUGCGAAAAGUGUCGUCCCAGAUUAGCCUGUGCAGUCCGCACAGGCUAAUCAGGGACGACUCUUUCCGCUUUCAUAAUAUUUUUCGUUUAAAGGAAGUCUCUUCUACACGAAAAUCCAGUUAAGGCGGAAAGUGUAGUUUCUGAUUAGCCUGUGCGGACUGCACAGGCUAAUCUGGGACGACACUUUCCUCACAUACAUUAAGCCCAGUUUUCUCAGAACGCGACUCGAUUGUCCAUGAGGUAUCGCACAGUGUAGUAAAAGAGGCUAAUUUUAGAAGGUGACAUUCCAAACCCCACUGAGUCUUGAGCAAAAUAUGUUUUUGCAUUGCAUAUAUUUUUCUGAACAAUUUACAUAUCACAAUAUUACUAGAUAUGUAACUUUUCGAAAAAGGAAAACGAUGGAUUAAUGUAUAUGUUUAUGCUGAACUCCCAUCGAAGUGACCCUUACAGAUAUUGCCUUUAAAAUUAACAUUGACAUUUUUGUGAUUAUAUAAUUUAAAUGCACACGUAUAAUAACACGUUUAAGUAUAUUAAAUGUUGGGAAUGGAAUGGACAUGUAGGAUUUUGCAGAUGUGCCAAUAAACCAAAUUUGAUUACUAUUAUAAAUAACACGUGUGUGCAUACAUUUGUAUAUCGUAUGGUAUUCAUAGAUCGUUUGUUCUCACUUGAAAAUAAAGUUGACAAUAUUAGUGGUUUAUUAGCGUUAGACUGCUUAUGCUAUCAAGUGUUAGUAUCGGUAUUUCGGUGUGACAUAUACGUUAUAUCCAUACGACAUUUCGAAUACAGUUAUUCCACAUCAUUGGUUUCUAACAACCAAUUAUACUUAAUGUGUUCUUUUGAUCUGUAAAAUAUUCCCCGACAAUCAAAGCUCGUAUUAAUGUAUUAGUUAAGUUUUUGUCAGAUUACUUUCUUGCUCUUGGAUCCUGAUAUAUUGCACUCAUCAAGAUCAUCAGGUUUUAGCUUCGCUUUUAAAGUUGAAGUUGACGAUUUAUGAAUGAUUUUAAUAGAAAAUGCUUUUUGCUUUGUGAUACGAUUUAUAAAUAUGGAUACAAUGUUAUUCCUUGGAGGUGGUGUCUUUCUUCUCCAAUUAUGUACAUGUAUAUGCUCUUUUAAUGCAUAAAAGGUUAUCGUAAUUUUUAUAUUUAGAGUAAAACCACUUGCAGUGUUUUAAUUCUGACCGCAUACUUUAAAUUAACUGUAACUUUAGUGUAAGUUUAUUGUAAUAGAACUUAGCUACGUAUACUGAUGUUUACUGAUAAUGAAAUACAACAAGUUCAUAUAUGUAUAAUUAUGGGUUGUUGAUUUGAAUUCACUGAAUAUGCCAGCUGGCCAGGUUAAACCAAUCGUAUAAUGUAAUAAUGAUCCUCGGAUUCUGCGUGUCAUUUCAUUGUAAAUUGUUACUUAUAACGAUAUAUUUCCUUUGACAACUUUUUGCUAAAUGCAUGUGCGAAAAGUGUCAUCACAGAUUAGCGUGUAUACUCCACACAGGCUUAUCAGGAACAAUUCUUUCCAUCUACACUUGAUUUUCGUUUAGAAGAGACUUUCUGUUAGAGAAAGAAUCCAUAAAGGCGGAGAGUGCACUCGCUGAACAGCAUGUGCGGACUGCAUAUAUAUGAGAUGACACUUGACGCACAUGCAUAAAGAACAGUUUUGCAGAACGAGACUUAACCCAUUUAUGCCUAGCCUCUAGAAAAAAGGCCUCGGCAAACAGCGUAGACCCAGAUGAGACGCCGCAUCAUGCGGCAUCUCAUCAGGGUCUGCGCUGUUUGCUUAAAGGAAUUUCUGUAAGAACUAUUCUAAAUAUACAAAUAAAUAUACUAGACAUCCCUAAUUUUGGAAAUAAAUUGAUCCAAUUUAGAAGGAUGGGAGAGUCCACUAGGCAUAAAUGGGUUAAAUGGGCAUCUGCGUGUAUUACAUGCAUGAACUGUAUUGAUACAGGAGGCAGCAUAAUAGUGUGAAGCAAAAUGGCUAUUGCAUGUUUAUAUUUUUCCUCUGUUUCCUGAUCAUUAUUUUACAUUCUAUCCAUAUUUAAAACGACAUAAGUUGUUGCUGUCUACAUUUUUCUCUAUAAAUUGAUUUGUUUAAUGGUUUGAAAACAUGACUUUUGGAUACCAUUGUUCGUGUUUAUGUUUACAAAAUACACGGAACUAUUUCUACCAAGAUGCGAAUGGUGAUCGAAAAAGAAGAAUAUUCUGGUAACAAGUUUAACGUUGACCACUGUUUUUAAAGAUUUGAACUUUCCUAUAGAACAGGAUUACAACGUUGUUGAAAAGUCUAUUUGGCAACUUAAUAACGUAAUUGCAUCUUUUACUAUCAGAAGUCAUUCACUGACGUGUGUUUGUUUCUGUCGCCACGCUAUGAAUAUUGACAAAUACGUUUCCCGGUGACGAACGAUUUCAAAAUGUCUUCGUCAGCUAAACUAAGCAAUAUUGGACAUGUAGAAAACUAAAUAUUGAGAGCAAAUUGUUUUAAAUCAAUAGUAAGUGGUUGUAUUGUUUUGUAACGCAGGUGAUCAAUGUAAUGUUUUAUUACUUCUAUGACUGGAAGAUCGAUGCGCGUUUUAUUAUUUGUAUGACUGGAACUUAAGACAUAUCCUUUCAACUCCAGUAAUAUGGUCAAUCGAAAUUCUUUUAUCAAACUCUAUAAUCCAUUGUGCUAGGCAUUUUUUUGGAAAAUUGUGUGCUUGGUAUGUUUUUUGCCUGCUAUAGUAUAACACAAAUGGGCCGUGCUCUGUGAAAAGGGGGUUUAAAUGACACGGAAAGUUUCGCCCCUGAUUAGCCUGUGCGGACUGCACAUGCUUAUCUGUGACGACACUUUACGCAUAUGCAUUAAACCCCAUUUUCACAGAACACGGCUCAAACACUUGAAAUAAUAUCUGUGAUUGUAUUGUUGUCAUUGUGUUGGAGUAUUUAUUUUCAGCUAUUCGUUUGUACUUUUACAUUUAUUGUUUUGUGUUUUUAUAGCUGACUUUAACAAACUACACAUGUAUUCAUAUAUUUUUUAAUAUCAAUAUUUGAUAUUUUUUGUUAUCAAAAUAUGUUGCAUAGUACAAUUGUAUUUUUGCUGAAUUAAGCUCCGGAAUAUAUAGUGGGAUGAAUAGAAUUUAGGCCCCAGCCACCCCGAAUUGCGGAAAGACAUUUUCGUAAGUGCUGUAUGCACCAUAUCUCAUGUUGAAUUAACCCAUUUAUGCCUAGUGGACUCUCCCAUCCUUCUAAAUUGGAUCAAUUUAUUUCCAAAUUAAGGAUGUCUAGUAUAUGUAUUUCUACAUUUGGAAUAUUUCUUACAGAAAUUCCUUUAAGCAAACAGCGCAGACCCUGAUGAGGCGUCUCAUCUGGGUCUUCGCUGUUUGCCAAGGCAUUUUUUCUAAACGCUAGGCAUAAAUGGGUUAAAUGCAUAAUCGAUGUUUUUAUCAAAGUAUUCAACCAUACAAUGAAAAAGAUUUUUAAUCAAUUGAUCAUGUUGUAUGCUACGCAAUUCCAAAUUUUUUUGGGGGAACAAGUUCAAACAACACUUAUGUAAACAUCAUUUAAUCUCUGUGAAGAUCCGGUACGGCUUGGGUUGUUCGGUUUCGAUAUAUUUGAUACCAUUGCUGGGCAAUGAACAUUUGAUUGUUUUUAAAGAUUUUUUAUUAUUACAUACUUUCUAUGAUUGUUGCCAAAUAUACAAUUUCAAAUGUUUAUGUAUUUAUUUUAUAAAAUCAUUGUUUUUUUUAUUAUAUUACAUUCUUGAAAUAAACUAUUUUCGAGUC